AUGUACUUUAAUAAGAAAACAUGCACUGAGAAAUAUUCAGUGAACCCUACAAGUGUGACCCUAGAUCAGCAUGAGGCUUGUAAUCUGGGUCACCUGGGAGUGGUGGAGGAACUGCUCCAGCAGGGAACGCUGUUGAACACUCCAGGCUAUCAGAACGACUCUCCACUGCACGACGCCGUGAGGAACGGUCAAAUAGCGGUGGUCAAGCUUUUGGUUGAACGAGGCGCAUCCCAAAGUGUCCUGAAUAUGUUUGGCCUGCAGCCGGUAGAUUAUGCGCUGACUCCAGAAAUGCAAGAGGUCCUAAGAAUGGCCCCAGAGGCACCACAUCCUGUAACAACCACCCUGAGCCCCACCACCAGCCUCAGUAAGGCUGCAGGCUGUGUGCGAGAGACGGGUCCAGUGGUUGUGAUUGGCAGUCAGCUGACGCAGACUCAGCAGAAGCAGCUCACCAAAGCAGCUCAACUCCUUGGAGGGAAACAAGUGCAGUCCUUUUCUAGAGCAGUCACCCAUGUGGUUGUACCAGAUGCUCCCAUCAUGCCUUCUUCCCUGACCACACUGCAGGGCGUCCUCAACGGCUGCUGGAUCCUCACUUUCAGCUGGGUGAGUUGUAGCCUUCAGGCAGGCAGCUGGGUUGGGGAGAGCGAGUACGAGGCAGGUGACGGGCCCCUGCGUGCCCGCGUGAACAGAGGCAGCCUGCUCCCUCCCCUCUUUGAUGGCUGCUUCUUCUACAUGCUGGGCUCCUUCUGUAAGCUACCAAAACACGAGCUCAUUCAGUUAGUGAAAGAAGGAGGUGGACAGCUUCUGAAUCGCCAGCCCAAACCUGACAGUGACGUCACUCAAACCCUGAGCGCAGCGGCCUACCAUGCCCAGCCUGGUUCAGACCAGGUUCUCUGCACCCAGUAUAUCUUAUAUGAUCCUCAGAGCUCCUACAAACCCCAGAAGGUCCGGGUAGGUAAAGUCUGGUCAGCUCCAUCCACGUGGUUUAUGGACUGCAUAGCUGCCUUUCAACUCCUGCCAGUGCCGGCGCACUAGGCCAUAUACUUGUUGUGUUAUUAUGUUUCUGCUUCAUGACAUCAAAUAAAACCUU